AUGUUCCUCUUAGCUGGGGUUCUCCCUUUCCUGUUGGUAGCUGAAGCGGUGACACAGAACGCUUCGUUUUCUGGAGCUCAGGGCGUAAUCUACUCACCCGGUUACCCUGAUAACUACGCCAACCAACUCAACCAGUACUAUACCAUCACGGCUCCUGAUCCUGGCUAUUUCGUUCACCUCACGCUCUAUGACUUCGAGACUGAGGCUUGUUGUGACAAGCUGUACAUCUGGGAUGGAGCAGACACUUCAGCAGCCACGCUUGCUAAUGUGUCUGGAGAUGCUACGGGAAUGACAUUCAGCUCUUCUGGAUCUAUAAUGACAUUACUAUUUAAUACCGAUAUCACUGGACAGGAGCGUGGAUUUGCCAUUCACUAUGAAAUGGUUCAAAAAGACACUCAGUACUCGGAGUCAAGCACAUGUCAGUCGGGACUGUUCACAUCGGGACUUGGGUUUGUGACGUCGCCCAAUUGGCCAUCCAAUUACCCAAAUGACAUCACCUGCAACUACCUGAUGACGAUGCCUAAAGGGAGCAGGCUGGUGUUGACGUUUGUGGCGUUCUCGACAGAGGCAUGCUGCGAUAAAGUGGAAAUCUACGACGGACCAAAUGCCACCUAUCCGAAGUUGGCUGUCAGGCUGGUGUUGACGUUUGUGGCGUUCUCGACAGAGGCAUGCUGCGAUAAAGUGGAAAUCUACGACGGACCAAAUGCCACCUAUCCGAAGUUGGCUGUACUUUCUGGCAGUUCAGUCGUCAAUACGACGUACUACUCAACCCAGCAGAGUCUAUUCCUCACGUUCUACUCCGACUACACCGAAAGCGACAAAGGAUUCAGUGCAUAUUAUAAGCAGAUUGUAGAUAGUCGUAAACUCUGA